CCUCUGUCUGGAGCAAAAUGGGAGGGAAAUGAUGUCAAUCCAUGGCCAUGUGCUUGAGUACUUGAAUCCUUAAAGCUUGUGAAAAGGAUUUAGGGGAUUGUGAUGGACAUCGGUGGUCUUUUAACGUCUGCCGGAAUCAAUAUAUCUAUAUGUGGUGUGCUUUUUUCAUUGUAUUCCGUACUGAGAAAACAACCAAGCAAUGCAAGUGUGUAUUUCACGCGGAGAUUCAUUUCGGAACCCGUACAACGCGAUGAUCCUUUUGGUCUUCAUAGAUUUGUGCCCUCGGCAGGAUGGAUCAUGCGUGCCUGGAAAGCAACCGAUGAAGAACUAUUAGAAGCUGGUGGUGUUGAUGCUGUAGUUUUCAUGAGAAUAGUUGUUUUCAGUAUUAGGAUAUUCCUCAUUGCUACUGUUGUUUGCAUUUCUAUGGUGUUGCCGCUGAAUUAUUAUGGAAGAGAAAUGGUGGAGCGCAAGAAGUUAAGUGUAGAAUCAUACGAUGUAUUUACUAUCGGAAAUGUACAACCAGGUUCAAGAAAGCUUUGGGUGCAUUGUUUUGCAUUGUACGUCAUAUCCUUUGCAGCAUUUGUUCUACUCUACUUGGAGUAUAAAAGUAUCACUAAAAUGAGGCUAGCACAUAUUACUGGAUCUCAUCCCAAUCCAAGUCAUUUCACAGUUUUAGUCCGAGGCAUUCCAUGGUCCCAGGAUCGUUCAUAUAGUAAGUCGGUGGAAAGUUUCUUUUCGACUUAUUAUUCAGAUACGUAUAUGGGCCACCAGAUGGUAUAUCGGCCUAGUACAGUUCAUAAACUAAAGAAGGAUGCCAAGAAGAUGUACAGAAUGCUAAGACCCAUAGAGGCAGAGUAUGUACGGGGUGAUAAGCCAUGUUAUCUUUGUGGGGGAACUGCACAUACCUUUAAAGUGAUUCAAACUAGAGAAGACAACAUAAGAAGUCAAUCCAGCAUUGAUGAGUUGCACCCAACUCAAAUAGAAAAGGAAUGUCCAGCUGCAUUUGUUUUCUUCAAGAAUCGUUAUGCUGCUGUUGUUGCUGCUCAAGUCCUUCAAUCAUCGAAUCCCAUGUUAUGGGUCACACAACUAGCUCCAGAGCCACAUGAUGUUUAUUGGUCAAACCUCGGCAUACCAUACAAACAAGUUUGGAUCUAUAAAAUAGCAACUCUUCUAUGUGCUUUGGCCUUGGUGUUCGUGUUUUGUUUUCCAGUUGCCUUUGUACAAGGCUUGACUCGACCUGAUGUGCUAAAACAUUGGUUUCCACGACUUGAGAAACUACUAGAAAUGCCGUUCAUAAAUAAGGUGGUAACAGGUUACUUACCAAGUGUGGUUCUGGUAUCGUUUAUGUAUGCUGUUCCACCAAUCAUGAUGCUGUUAUCCAAAAUUGAGGGAAAUGUUUCGCGUAGUGAGAGGAAAAGAAGUGCAUGCAUUAAAGUUUUGAACUUUACAAUCUGGAAUGUUUUCUUCGUUAACGUUCUUUCAGGAUCCUUUAUCGAACAAGUGUCUGUUUUCUCAAAACUUCAAGAGUUGCCUUUUCAACUUGCCAAACAAAUGCCUGACCAGGCUGCCUUCUUUACGACUUAUGUUCUGUCGUCAGGCUGGGCAAGCUUGGCCAUUGAAUUAAUACAACUUUUAAGUCUGGCUUGGAAUUUCGUCAUGAAAUUCAUUGUAAGAAGUAAGACAGAGCCAACUAAUAUUGCUUAUACCUUCCCGCACCAUACUGAAAUUCCGCGAAUGCUUCUGUUUGGACUCCUGGGCUUCACUCUUGCCAUCCUUGCACCCUUAAUCCUGCCCUUCUUGCUGAUCUACUUCUUUCUCGCGUUCCUUGUCUAUCGAAACCAGCUGCUCCAUGUAUAUGUAACAAAAUAUGAAAGUGCGGGACUGUUCUGGCCCGUUGUCCACAACACAACAAUCUUCUCUUUAGUGUUGACACAGUUUAUUGCGGUUGCGGUCUUUGUCCUGAAAGAAGCACCAAUGGCUUCUGGUUUCACCAUUCCUCUCGUAGUUUUCUCUCUUCUCUUCAACGAGUACUGCAGGAAGAGGUUUUCCCAGGUUUUCAAGAGGAGUCCCGCGCAGGUUCUUAUAGAGAUGGAUCGACGAGAUGAGCAAAUAAGGAGGGAAGAAGGGUUUUACAGUCAGUUGCGAUCAGCAUAUUGCCAGUUAGCGUACAUUACAAAGGACUUGACCAUUUCCGAAGAUUUUUCCAGAGCCGGACCCAACAGAAAGCGCCAAGAAGAAUAA